AUGAGUCCAACAAGCGACAUAGUCGGCCCCUCGCCCGUCACAUCAAAUGGCACGGAAACGACCGAGAUCGAGGAUGAAGUGUCGUCUGAAGCUGGAUAUCCAUCUGCCGCGAAUCCACAUGCGCAGCCACAGCUCAUGAUGUUGAAGACCAACAUCUCGGAUAACAUUCGCCAGAGUAGUAGCGAAGAGGCAGUUUCUGUGAUCCAUGCUCCUGAGAGCUUCCACCAAUGGGCAUCCAGUGAACCACGGCCAAGUUCAACAAUUCCUCCUGUUGACAAGCCCAGUGACAUUAUCAGCCCUCCUGAUAGUGAGGCAUCCACUAAGCCUACCCCGCCACCCAUUUCUACAAACAUCAAGCCUGCUCGAUAUUCACUUGACAAUGCGACACCGCAGGCGCAAAAUCUUCAAGAUAUAUUCAGUGACACAGCUCGGCUGCGAUCAAGCAGUGCAAGUAGUCUCGAGCUGAUACCUGAGAUCCGCGAAGCAGAGACUGAUGCCGAUGGUGAAGGUGAUGAUCAAGAUCAAUUUGUGACCCCUGUGACAGAGGAAGAGUCCGAAGUCCGAGCAUUACGGUCCGCUCUUGAGGAGUGCUGGACGCUAUGCAACACCCUCGCCAAUCUGAGCUCUAUCCAUCGAGAGAGGGUCUUCAACAGCUCCGGAACGCCUGAUGCCCAUGAGAAGGCGUGGAAAAGCUGUUGGAAACUAUGCCAGAAACUCUACCAUAGCCGCGACGAGCCUCAUGAGUCUUUCAACGUGCGGACAAACCUCGACCUGUGCAGAGACUUCUGCCAGGCUUUGUUCGAUGUCAGGCAGAGGCAAGACGACAUCUCUGACUCUGUUCUCAGAGUCAGUUUCGAAUUGAAUAACCACCUAUACAGCGCUCAAGAUAGUCGGAACUUGCCAGAGGCGUUCCGCGAGAGGACGCUCGACUUCUAUAUUACCCUCUGCCACCGAUUAAUGAAACAGCGCAGCGAGCUUGCCGAGGAGACCGACUCUCUUCUUCGAGCAUGUUGGUCCCUUGCCGAGAUGCUGUUCAGCCUGAGACAGAACGCGCGAGAUGGCAAGGCGCUAGAUGAGGAGCUUCUUGGCUCCGCAGUCCAAGCUUGCUGGGAGCUUUGCGACAUUUUUAGAGAAGGCUGGACACAGAUCAGGCCUGACCGGGGCACCCCUCGCCCCAGUCAAGUAAGCUUCUUCAGCUAUGGCCAGCCAUCUGAUGCUCGAUCCGCGACGGGCAGCCGGGCUUCCAUGCACUCCAAACGAGAAAGUUUGAAGAGUCUGCCAGAAGAGAAGCCCAGACGUAAGGCACCGCCGGUGCCAGAGACACCCGUGACCGAGUUUGAAGACACACCUAUAUCUCCUGAGAGCCAGAGCCCGCAGAUGCCGAAUAUCCUGGUGCUGGGCACAUCCCAAGAGAGUUCGCAACCCGCCUCCCGGGGCGGCCGAUGGUCAAGCAGCGCGUCAAAUUUAUCGAGCUACUCGCAGAGCAGUGCGAAGACCAGCAGCACGGCCACGACAGCCACCGCUGGCGAAGAUGUGAACAUCACCCGCAUCAAGACACUAAUCUUGAAAGCGGCAAUGAAUAUCGGAUACAACCGUGAUCUAACAACCGAAGGCGGCGGCAAGGCCGCCACCUCACUGCAGGCUUUCGUAAAGAGCCUACCAACGGGGUCUUUCGGGUCGCUCCCAGCGCACGCGACCCUUCUACAAAAUUACAAGAAUCUGGUCCUAGCGGAUUCAGCCUUCAGGACCUCAGCGACGUUGCCUGCUCGAGGGAAGCGAGUCAAUGCGACGGACGUGGCCAAGAGCGUGGGCUGGAUGAUGCUCCGAUCUGGCCAAUACGGCUUCCUAAGAGAACUGUUCAAGCUGGUCUUUGGAUUCCCGCUUGAAGAGGCGGAUAACAGGAAGAACGUGAGCAUUGCUGUCUAG